AUGAAGCAUAUCGAACGGGGGACGGUCAGCAUGGCUACGGUGCCGGCACCCAAUGAUCCAGACCAGCGGGUGGCCGGCAGUCAGUUUCUGAUCACACUCGGCGAGAAUUUGGAUUAUCUGGAUGGCAAGGCGGCUAUCUUUGGCAAGGUGGUCGAGGGCUUUGACGUUCUGGAGAAGAUCAACGAGUCGUUUAUUGAUGAUCGUGGCCGGCCGUUGAAGGAUAUUCGUAUCCGCCAUACCGUCGUUCUAGAUGAUCCAUUUGAUGAUCCAGCUGGGCUGGUCGAGCCGCCGGAAAGUCCUGUACCGACGAAAGCGCAAUUAGCUACCGUGCGGAUUGCCGACGACGAGGAUCUAGACGAGGAAAUGGAUGAGGCUGCCAUGGAGAAGCUGCGUCGCGAGCGCGAAGCGCGUGCCCAGGCGCUGACGUUGGAGAUGGUAGGCGAUCUGCCUUUUGCCGAUGUCAAGCCCCCCGAGAAUGUGCUUUUCGUCUGCAAGUUGAAUCCAGUCACACAAGAUGAGGAUCUUCAGUUGAUCUUCAGUCGCUUUGGAACAAUCCUGUCUUGCGAGGUGAUUCGAGACAAGCGCACGGGCGACAGCCUGCAGUAUGCGUUUAUCGAGUUCGAACAUCAAAAGGACUGUGAACAGGCCUACUUUAAGAUGCAGGGCGUGCUGAUUGACGACCAUCGCAUCCACGUUGAUUUCUCGCAGAGUGUCUCAAAACUAUCCGACACCUGGCGCAAUGCAACAGUCACCAAGCGCCAACAGCGCGGCGGUUUUGGCGGUGUUGCAGAUCUCGAACAGAAGCGACAAUACCGAGUGUCUGAUGAUUCUCAUGCAAAGGACGGGGACAAGGCGUACAAUAUGGUGUUUGAUCGUUCACGCAAAGAUCGGCCAUCGGCGCCAGCUACAUCUGGCCCUCGUCGCGAGGGCCCGUCCGAUCGCAGCCCUCGGCGAGAUUCAUAUCGUGAUCGGCGUAGCAGUCGCAGUCCUCGAGGCCGAGACUCACAUCACGAGCGUCACCGCCGGCGAGAAUCCAGCAGGAGUCCUGGACGUUGGGACUCUGACCGGCGAGAUCGAGAUCGUGGGGAUCAAGGGCGCUAUCGGGAUGACCGUGGGGAUCGGGACCGGGAUCGGGAUCGAGGCCGUCGAGAUGAUCGGUAUGAGCGACGACGAUGA